CAAUGCCCUUUACGAAUUUGGUCCGCACGUGACAAGUGUGAGUGUGGAGCAACAACGUCUUCAAUUGGCAAGCAAGUUGGAUCGGAGUCAAAGACUUUGCGCUGCGACGUCGGCGACAACAGCUGCAUGUGUAAGCGCGGCCUUCGCCGGAUGACCAAGUGAGGUGUAUAUAAACUGGCCAGCUUGGUUAACUCAAUAUCAAACAAAGCUCACAGCUCCAAGUAGUCACUACUACCAAACACAACACCAAUUCAACAAUCAUGAAAUUCUUCGCCGUCUGCUUCUUCGCUGUUGUGGCCGUGGCUGCUGCCAAGCCCGGACUUGUGGCUCCUCUGGCCGCCGCUCCUCUGGCUUACACCGCUCCGGCUGUGGUGGGCAAUGCCGCCUACGUGGCUCCCUACGCCUCCAGCUACACCGCCCACUCGGUGGCCCACAGCGCCGCCUUCCCAGCCGCCUACACCGCUCCAAUUGCCGCCGCCUACACCGCUCCCAUCGCUGCUCCAGUGGCCGCCGCUUAUACCGCUCCAGUGGCCGCUGCCUACGCCGCUCCUGCCGCCUAUACCGCUGCCUACACCGCCCCCAUUGCCCGUUAUGCCGCCACCCCCUUCGCAGCUCCCAUCGCCGCCCCAGUGGCUGCCGCCUACACCGCCCCCAUCGCCGCCGCUGCUCCCCUCCUGCUGAAGAAGUAAAUCAACGGACUGUGAAUCCUUAAAAGAUA